GGAGAGAGGAGAGGGAGUGUGAGAGGGGAGAAGUGAGAAAUUCGCAGAAAUUGCUCAAGGACUCCCCGUUUACUUCAGACAUUUGCAUGUUUCCUCUCUUUUCUACUCAAAUUUCUUCUCUAAUCUCUCUGACAUCGAAUCGGAGCGCCGGGAAUGAGCCGGUUAGGGUUUAAAUCCGUCGUGUAUCACGGCGACCUGUGUCUGGGAGAGCUGGACACUGUCCCGGUCUCGGAAGAGAACUUUCAGUUUCCGAAUAACGAGAUUCGAAUCCACCACCUAUCGACACAGAGCGAACGAUGCUAUCCUCUCUCCAUUCUCCAGACGAUUUCCUCGUUUUCGGUUCGUUGCAAGCUUGAAUCCUCCUCUCUGGUGGAGCAGCCAAAUUUGAUUCUCCUCCACGCCUCUUGUUUCCACGAAGUCAAGACGGCAGUGGUGCUGGUUGGAGAGGAGGAGAUUCACUUGGUGGCAAUGCCGAGUAAGCAGAAGAAAUUUCCGUGCUUUUGGUGCUAUUCGGUUCCGAUAGGUCUGUAUGAUUGCUGUUCAAGGAUGCUGAAUACGCGUUGUCUUUCAAUUGUAUUUGAUCUUGAUGAGACUCUUAUUGUGGCAAACACUAUGAAGUCGUUUGAGGAUAGGAUUGAAUUUCUUAAAGUUUGGAUGGCCCGUGAAACUGAUGCAAUGCGGAUUUCUGGGAUGUCAGCGGAAUUGAAAAGGUAUUCAGAGGAUCGACUGCUAUUGAAGCAGUAUACAGAGAAUGAUUCUGUUUUGGAUAAUGGAAAAGCGUACAAGAUUCAAAUGGAAGAGGUUCCUCCGCUGUCUGAUGGCCAUGACAGAGUUAUUCGACCUGUGAUUAGGUUGCCGGAGAGGAAUAUUGUUCUCACUCGAAUCAAUCCUGAGAUUCGUGAUACCAGUGUGCUUGUGAGGUUAAGACCUGCAUGGGAAGAUUUGAGGAGUUACUUAACUGCAAGAGGACGGAAACGAUUUGAAGUUUAUGUUUGUACCAUGGCUGAAAGGGAUUAUGCCUUAGAAAUGUGGAGGCUUCUUGAUCCAGAGGCACACCUGAUCGGUUUGAAGCAACUGCUUGACCGAGUUGUUUGUGUGAAAUCAGGUUCUAGGAAAUCUUUGCUAAAUGUCUUCCGAGAUGGCAUAUGCCAUCCAAAGAUGGCAAUGGUAAUUGAUGACCGCUUAAAGGUCUGGGAGGAUAAGGAUCAACCCCAAGUUCAUGUGGUUCCCCCAUUCUCUCCUUAUUUUGCUCCUCAGGCAGAGACAGCAAAUGCUGUUCCAGUCCUUUGUGUGGCAAGAAAUGUUGCAUGCAAUGUCAGGGGUAGUUUCUUCAAAGAGUUUGACGAGAAUUUAUUGCGAAGAAUUUCUGAAGUUUUUUAUGAAGAUGAAGUGGGAAUCUUGCCAUCUGCUCCUGAUGUGAGCAAUUACUUAAUGAAUGAGGAUGUUGGGUUUGCACCAAAUGGAAAUUCAAAUGCUCCUAUCAGUGAAGGCAUGAAUGGGGCUGAAGUGGAAAGGAGACUGAACCAAUUGGAUGAGAAGCAUAUUUCUGAUUCUUCGUCUACUCAUGUAGCAAUCAGUAGCCCUGAGUUGGGAUCUGACUCCUCUCAGUUGCUAGCAUCCACAAUGGCAGUAUUGCCCUCUCAGAGUAUGAACUUCAAACCUGUUUUGGUUGGACCUCCUGUUAGACGAGAUAGCAGCUCUAGUGAUAGUGAUUAUGAGAUGAAGAGAAGAGUUUCGAACAUGAAGCCUGGUUUAGAUUCAAGAAGUCAAAGUUCAGGUCAACCCCCAGUUCUAUCUAGAGUACCUGCACAAUUUUCCUCAAUGCAAAUGCAGCCACAGGGAGGUUGGCUCGUGGAAGAAGACAUCAAAAGAGUGCAUAUAACCAAUCGAUCACCAGGUUCGGCACAAGAACCUGACUCUGCCAAAUCUGACAAACUGCAACCUGUUCAGAAUCCACUUUCUUCAACUUCAUCAACUUCUUCCACCAUUCCCCCCCCACAUGCAACACAAGUGAAAGCUGAAGAGAUGCACAUUGAACAUGAUAGACAAAAGCAAAAUCUACCACAUGCAUUUCAGGUGUCAGGUAUGUCUAUUACUUACUAAAGUAGUUAAAAUUCCACAUGAUCAGAUGUUUGGAAGUGCAAUAACUGAAACCUAGAACUUAUUCUUGCUGGUGAACUAAUGAAUUGGAUGAGUUAAU